AUGGUCCAGAAGCUUCGAAAGACAGACGACAACUAUGAGGAUGCUGGUUGCAUUUCCCCAGACUUUCCAUCACGUGACCUGGUAGAAGCGAGCAGAAGACUCCACUGCCCGCUGGAAGCUGCUCGCACCAACUGGCCAGCUCAAGCAGGAACUCGCAACAACAACGCAACUGCUACUGUUUGCUGGCAAGUUCCAGAUUUCCAGCAAACAUGGAAGGAACUUACCAUUUUGGCAGCGAGCUACUGCAGUCGAUGA